AUGUCCCACUCUCAGAACCCCGAUUCUACCAUGUCCUCUCCUCAGACACUCGAUGACAGCAUGUCUGUGACCGCGCACGACACUCAUCAGAUCCAUCAAACGACCGAACCACGCCAUGAUAACGACCACAGCGAUAUCGCGCUGAUCGACCUCAUGCCAACCACUGAUGAACUUCACUCGGAGCAUCCGGAGUACCUACCUACCACAGACCCAUCGACGUGGAACAAGCAGGGGUUUCAAGGCCUUGUCGACCGUCAGUUUCGCCUCUUUCGUGAAGACACCGUCGGAAUAUUGAGGGAAUCGAUUCGGCGUUAUCUGCACAUAUCCAAAACAACGAAGCACCACUCUUCCGCUCAAUCCAAUGCUUAUCAUAACGUGCGUCUGGACCCGGAACUGUCGUUUGACCUGCACGGUGGCCUGGUCUUCUCCAUGCGAGUUCCUCAACCUCUAGAAACUCAAUCAUUGGAUCCGACAGAGCGAUACGAGUGGUGGAUCAACAGAGAAGGCCUCCAGCAUGAUGCUCUUGUAUGCCUGUGGAGCAAGGAUAUGGACAUGAUGUUCGCUCAGGUCGGGCACUACAAAGACAAGAAUCUCCAUAAGCACGACUACGGAGCGGAUGUGGCGAGACUGUACUGUCGGCCAUUUGAGCAGUCGCCGCGCUAUGUGGACUGGCUAUUGACCAACGCGAAGGUAGACAAGGAGAGAAACUACACGCUGUUGGAGUUUCCCAGCCUCCGGACGUGGAGUUUUGUCCCACCUCUUCGAGCUCUGCAGCAAAUGAGCGACAUGCCGGAUACUCCCCUCUCUACCGUCCUGGAGCCAUCGGACCUGCCACAACCAAUAUGGAUUCACCCUGCACCCUACGCCAUGGCCAACAACUUCAAAUUCCAGCUGGGCAAGACCGCGAGUGUGGAUGGUGAAGGUGAGCUGGCCGUGUCGGACUUGUUCGACACCAAGAUCCAAGCUAGCUCAAGGCUUGAUGCCGGUCAAAUGUCAGCGCUUCUCCAUGCACUGAGGAACCGCAUCGCGCUGAUCCAGGGUCCACCCGGAACCGGCAAGAGCUACACGGCUGUCGCGAUCAUUGAGACCCUCCUCAAGAGCCUGUCAAACAGCACGCCUGGACCGAUUGUCUGCGUCAGCUACAGCAACCGGGCUCUUGAUAGCCUGCUUGAGAAGCUCCACGACGCUGGUGUCGAGAAUAUGGUCCGUGUCGGUGGCCAGUCGAAGUCUGAUACCCUGAAGGAUAUCAACCUUGAUGUCCUCGUGAAGAGCCAGCAUCCACUUCCUGAGGACAAGCGGUGUGUUCAUCGAGCAGCAGAGAACUUCUUCACGAGCAGCGAAGGUAUAAAGGGGUUCCUGGAAGAGCUCAGUCGGGCGGAUCGCGAUUCUGAGAGGAGACGACUAUCGGCCCAGAUCAAGUCGAAGCUGGGACAAUGGACUGAAGCGCAAAAAGAGUAUACCGCCGCAAUGGACCGUCAUCCUCUCAACGUUCUGAAGAGAGCAACGAUCGUUGGUGUCACGGCCAGUGGAAUGGCUCUCAGGCGCAAGCUCUUCCAGAAGCUCAACGCCAAGGUUAUCGUCUUUGAAGAGGCGGGUACCAUGCCCGAGGCUCUUGCCCUCACGUCCAUCACUCCGAGCAUGGAACACUGCAUUCUCAUCGGUGACCACCUGCAGCUUCGCCCUAAGGUCAACCGAUGGGAGCUUGAGGGCAACACCAACCCAGAUGCUGUCAAGUUCGGAUUUGGUAUCUCCCUCCUGGAACGUCUGAUUUCGUUCGGUCUCCCAUUUGCGGUUCUCGACACCCAGUACCGCAUGCAUCCCGACAUAUCCCAGCUCAGCAAGUCCACGCUUUACCCCAUGCUUGGUGACGCCGGUGCAGUUCACUACCUCCCUGCUGUGGCUUCUCUGUCGGAUAGAGUCUUCUGGCUUGACCACCAGUACCCCGAAACCAAAACCGAAAAGCUUACAAAGGUCAACAUGUUUGAAGUUGAAAUGAUCCUAGGCUUGACCAGACAUCUCAUGUCACAAGACGGUGUUUGGGCAGGUGACAUCCUGGUCCUUACCCCGUACGCUGCUCAAGCAAGGGCUCUCCAGGAGAGGAUUCAGGAAUACUACCCUGUCCAGGUCAUCUAUGGGAAGGACAACAAGAACCAGCAAGAGUCGACAGCUGUUCAACCCGACCGAAUCCGAAUUGCAACCGUAGACAGCAUCCAAGGAGACGAAGGCAAUAUUGUCCUCCUUUCGAUGGUGCGUAGCAACGACCAGGGCAAGGCCGGUUUUGUCAAGUCCGAGAACCGGUCCAUUGUCGCCUUGAGCAGAGCUAGGCGCGCCAUGUAUAUAUUCGGUAACAUGAAGAUGCUGCAGACGGUGCCCUUCUGGAACCAGGUCUUCUCUACUCUUGACGAAACCAGCAGCAUCGGCACUGCCCUGGAAAUCGACUGCCCGCAACACCCCAGAAACCCGUUUCACGUCAAGGAGCCGGCGGACUUCGGCAAGUACUCUCCCAAUGGCGGAUACUGCGCUCCUGCCUUGGCCACUGGAACAGAACGGUUCAUUCUCAACACCCGUUCACAGUAUGUCAAGCUUGGACAAGAGGCACUCCAAGAAGUCCGCAAGCUUCAAGAAUCUGCUCUGGCUGUUCCAGACGACCUCACCAGACGCCUUUCCAAGAACGCAGUCAUCGUCAGCGACGCAGCCGGCAAGAGGGCGCACAUCUCGGCGAUAUCUACUCUCGCCGGUCGCGGAGGAAGAUACAAGGCCAUUCGCCGUAUCCUGGGCGAUCUCUCCGCCAUUUUCCAACGCGUCAGGGGCGAGGGCAAGCUCCAGUCCGCCUGGAACUCGCAACAAAACCUCACCCAUCCAAGACCCCAGCUGCAGGAACGUCUGCUCUUGCUGUUGAUGUCCGCACGACUUGAACUAGCCGCCAUGUCAGACUUCCUUACCAUUCGCUCCCGAUCUGGCACUUCCGAGAAGCUCGAACUGGACUUCACCGAAUGCCGCACCCGCUGCCAGCAGAUCUUUGAAGCUGCCCGGGUGCGCUCGCUGCCUGGUUUGGCGAUCGAAGCGGAUAUCCUCUGGGCGCAGUGGCUUGUCCUCGAGCGCAGGGCGCCCAUCGCUAACGCUGCCGAUGCUGAGCGGUUGCGUCUUGAGGCGAUGUUCCGGUUGGAGCGGGCACAGAAGACGUUGGACCCUGACACUGUUGGUGCCUUUAUGGGUGGCAACCACUGCAUGGGUCUUCAAAUCGAGAUCUGGAACACGGAGAGGCCGCUCACGCAGGAGGUGGCUCGCUGGAGCACGGACACAGGGAUCAGGUCGGAUGGCUUCAUUGCGGGCGUGAUGGAGAUGACGGAGAUGGUCAAGAGUGCGAAUUUGAGGAUGUGUAUGGCCGGCCAUCAUUUCAUGAAGACGACGGAGACCGGAGUCUGUUCGGGAUGUGGAAGGCAAGUCUGGGAGCCACUGACUGCUCAAGAGACCGGUGAGGAGGAAGGGGAAUCUAUGAUGGGGAAGCACUUUGAGGAUGAGGGGAUGGAAGGGGUUAAGUAUUCCGAUGCUUGA